CGACCACUUUCGGCUGUUUUCUCGCGCGAUUCCGUCGGAUUUCGGAGAGUUUUUCGUCGCGUUUCGCAGGUUUUUACGGUCCGCUUCGCAUUGAAAAUGACCACUUUCCAGUGAAGUUACGAGUGACGGUGUGAUUUAACUAGUUUCACGUGAAAUACGACUGCCUUUUGUUCGAGUUCGCGAGGAAGAAGCUCCGCCAGGAUGGACAACUUUCUGCUUCGCAGCAGCAGCUUCGAGGCGGCUUCACUCUUCACGAAUGAGAAGAUCGCCUCGGCCCGCGGGAAGAUUGUGGAGGCGCUGAACGAAUCGCUGACGGCGGGAAGUGCGCAAAAGUGCGAGAUCAUCGCCAAGGUCCAGGAGUUGAUUCUGCACUCGGACACGGACUUGUUGCUGGAGUUUUUGGAGAAUAUUUUGGCGUUUGGCCACGAUACGAAUCAGGAUGUGCGGAAGACGGUGGCAGGGUUUAUCGAGGAGGUUUGCAAGAUGAACAUUAGUUUGCUGCCGAAGGUGGUGAAUAUUUUGUUCGGGUUGUUGCGGGAUGCGGCGCCGAGUGUGGCCAAGAGGGUGAUUCAGGGCUGCGGGGCGAUCUACAAGCAGGCGCUGCAGUGGAUCUGUGGACUGUCGGAUAUUACGGAGGAGGUGGAGCAGGCUUGGAAUACGCUGUGCUUGGUGAAGGCUUCGAUUUUGGACAUGAUUGAUAACGAUAACGACGGAAUCCGGACGAAUGCGAUCAAGUUUUUGGAGGGGGUGGUCAUUCUGCAGACGCACCCGGACGAGGACAGUAUGAAGCGGGAGAAUGACUUUUCUUUGGAGAACGUUCCGCUGACGCUGAAGAUUGCCAGAAGGAGAAAGUUGGAGGACGAAGCGGUCAAUAUCUUCGAUUUGCUGCUGCAAUUUCACGCCGCGUCGCACAUUUCUUCGGUGAAUUUGAUUGCGUGCACGGGAACGCUCUGCAUCAUCGCCAAGAUGCGUCCCUCGAUGAUGAACCAGGUCGUGGAAGCGUUGAAAAACCUCCACUCGAACCUGCCACCAACGCUGACCAAUUCGCAGGUCAGUUCGGUAAGGAAAAACUUGAAAAUGCAAUUCCUAAAUCUGAUCAAACACCCGGCCUGUUACGAGCACCAAACGGCAAUCGCGCAAGUUCUGCAAGAUUUAGGAGCUUCAAACAGCGAAAUUGGCCGCGCCAUCCCAAAGUUGGACAAGCGCGAGCAGCAACGCCGUGCCAAGCGCGCCCUCGAGAACUCCAUGUCCUCCCAGCUGGCGGCCAAAAAGGCCAAACUAAGCGAGCACAUGCGGCGGGAGAAGGAACGAUCCGCUGCAGCGGCGGUCGCAACUCCACGCCAAAUGGAAAUCGAUUACGACGAGUUGAACGAGCAGAAAGCGCGCUCAAACCGACUCAACGAGCAAUUUCUCACGGACCACCUGCAAAAGCUCGAUGUUGUGACGCAGCUUGUUCUCAACAAUCUGUCCAAACUCCCCGCGGAACCCAACUCCUUCUUCAACACUGGGUACGUCCCACUCGCACCGAACGUGACCGUCCCCCAGCAGAUUCAGCGAAUCGCCGAAUCGUUCGCCAAGCAAUUGACCGAUGUGCGCGUGGGUCCGGGCGCGUCCGCCAUGACCAAAGAACCGCCAAUGCGGCCCAAAAUCAGCGACGACGAAGAGCGCAGCAUUAUCAGAGGACGCGCCGGUCGCGAAGCGGACGCUGAAGCCGUUGAAGAACUGGACGAGGAGGAGGUUGAUGUUGACAUGGAGCGCCUCCCAGAAGAUGAUCGGCGCAAGCUUGAGGCGACACGAAAGUUGCGCGAAACGCUGGAGCGAGUUAAGGGCGCGUCCGGCGAGCCAAAAAUGAAGCAGCGCGUCAAAGUGCUUCGUCUGCAGGAGGUCACCAAGCAGCAGCCGGUCGACCUGAAACACAACUUCCUGAACGACGCCGUCAAGCGCAUAUUAAAAGCGGAAAAGCAAGCCCUCAUCGGCGGAGCAGCCUUCAAGCGCAAACGCAUCAUCACCGUGUUCGGCUCCCACUUCAUGCCCUCCGUCCGCAUGCUCAUCCUGGACUUUAUCCUCGAGGAAAUCUGCAAACGCAUCGACCUCGCCUUCUCCUGGAUUUUCGAAGAGUACAGCCUGCUGCAAGGCUUCACCCGUCACACCUACAUCAAGUCCGAGUCCAAAGCCGACCAACCGUACACCCAACUCCUCCUCAAACUCGUCACCAACAUCAUGGACCGGGAAAACUUCCGCGAAAAGGAGUCCCUCCUCAAGCGCAUCUACCUCGAAGCCCCCCUUCUCCCCGACGACGUCAUCACCAUCCUCGCCUACAUGUGCCAACUCGAGGAACUCGCCGACUGCGGCAUGCAAAUCUCCAAGGACCUCCUCAUCCGGCGUCCCCCAAAAGAGAAAACCUUCCUCGACAUCCUCCUGAAGCACUCCGUUCACGACAACGCCAUCAUCCGCGAAAAAGCAAUCCAAAACCUGAUCCACAUCUACUCCCUCCAUCGCAUCCUCACCGACGAAAUGGAACAGUACGCCCUACUCUGGCUGUCCUACCUGGAGCAGGAAUACCCCCCGGAACCGGUGUUCGCGAACGAGCUCGGACGCUCCGAACAUCCCCGCGUUUGGACGGACGAACUGGCGAAAGCCUGUCUCGGCCUGUUUCUGGAAGUUCUGGUCUACAACCAGGAGAUGAUCCACCGGCUGUCGCACGUGUACACGAAGGCCACCUCGGAUAUGAAGAGGGCGGUGCUGAGGGCGAUUGAGGCGCCGGUGAGGAAGAUCGGGGCGGAGAGUGAGGAGCUGCUGAAGCUGAUUGAGGAGUGCCCGAAGGGGUCGGAGACGAUCAUCACGAGGAUUAUCUACAUUCUGACGGAGAAGACUAUCCCCACGCCCGAGCUGGUCGACCGCGUGCGCAUCCUGCACCAAACGAAGGUGUCCGACGUGCGCCUUCUCAUUCCGGUCAUCAACGGGCUCACCAAGAAGGAAAUUCUCGCCGUGCUGCCCAAGCUGAUCAAGCUGAAUCCAGUCGUUGUGAAGGAGGUGUUCAACCGGCUGCUCGGCAUCGGCGCCGAAAUCACCACCUCGAAUCUGCCCCUUUCGCCGGCGGAACUUCUCGUCGCGCUGCACACCGUCGACACGGCCAAGGUCGAGCUGAAGUGGGUCGUUAAGGCCACCUCGCUGUGUCUGGCCGAGAAGGAGACGUACACCCACGACGUACUCGGCAGCGUCAUCCAGCAGCUGGUCGAGCUGACCCCGCUGCCGACGCUGCUCAUGCGAACCGUCAUUCAAUCGCUCACGCUUCAUCCGCGGCUGGCCGGCUUCGUGACGAAUCUGCUGCAGCGGCUGAUCGUGAAGCAGGUGUGGAAGCAGAAGGUCGUCUGGGACGGGUUCCUCAAGUGCGCCCAACGGCUGACGCCGCAGAGUUUGGGCAUUCUGUUGCAGCUGCCGGCGUCGCAACUCCAGGACGCACUCACCAUCUGUCCCGAGUUCCGGGAACCCAUGCUGGAGCACGCGCGCGAGAUUAUGGAGCACCAGAUUGGGCACGUCACGCAGGACCGGAUGGACGUGCUGCUUGGGAUUUCUUCGCACAGUUCGGCGGACACGGCCGACCUGCAGGUCGUUGCGCCAAAGUACGGCGAGGAGGUUCCAAUGCAGUCCCAUCUGCCGGUGUUGAUCAAGAAGGAAAAAGAUGCGGAGCGGCCCGAGCCGGCACCGCCUGGAAUGGAUUAGGACAAAAAAAAAACAAUAUGUUAGCAAUUAUUUAUAGUUACAGUAUCUAAGGCUGCGCUUAAUUUUGUACAAUUUUCUGUUCAAUAAAUUGUGACGCUUCACAAAAUUUCUUAGAA